AUGUCGGUCAAACACGAGGUCAACCUGGCUGGAGUCAAGCUCAACAAAGGCGUGUGGCUGGUCAAGGUCCCCAAGUAUUUAUCCCAGCAGUGGAAGAAAGCCUCAGAUAAGGGAGAAGUUGGAAAGCUCACCAUUGGAAAGAAGCAAGGCAAAACGGAGGUGUGUUUCAGCCUGAGCGAGGAGCUGACGGCCCUGGGUGCUGUGGAGGAGAGCGAUGCAUCGCUGCGGGCCCCGGUGGAUCACGCCCUCACUAUGCACGCAGUGGGUGGGCAGACACUGGCCGUCUUCAGCCAGAGUAACGCAGAUGGAAUCAGUCUGGAGGGGAUGGUGGUGCACAGAGCCGAAUGCAAACCAGCCGUCACCGAUAAUUACAUGAAGAUGAAGAGGGUACAGGUUCGAGAGGCCGUCAAGCCCCGCCGCGUGCCGCAGCAGCUGGAGAAAGCCGUCACCACCGUCUUCAAGCCCGUGGCCAACCACAGCUUCAACUUGGAGUAUGAGAAGAAGAAGAAGACUGAAGGGAAGAUGGUGAGGGCUGAGCGGCAGGUCGUGCUGGACAUGCUCUUCUCAGCCUUUGAAAGGCACCAGUACUACAACAUGAAGAGUCUGGUGGAGAUCACCAAGCAACCUGUGAGCUACCUGAAGGAGAUCAUGAGAGAAAUCGGAACGUACAUCAGCAAGGGACCCCACAAAAACACCUGGCAGCUGAAGCCGGAGUACCAACACUACCAGGCCGGCAAGGACGAGGAGGAGGAGCUGUCCGACUGA